CACAUGGAAGGACUCAAUGUUCUGGUAACCGGAUCCACAUGUGGCCUGGGACUUCACACUGCCAAAAUACUCUUCAAAAAGGGAGCUAAUGUGAUAUUGACGUGCAGGGAUGAGAUUCGCGGUCGUCAUGCUGUUGAGAGUCUGCUGAGCGGUGUAUCACAGGAACAAUCUCAAAAAGAGGCAGAACGGAUCCAUCUUUUCACGCUGGACGUGACAAACUACAACUCAAUCUGCAAUUUUACCGAUGAAAUUUCAAGAAUGUUCAAGUAUUUGCAUGUGAUAAUUAACAAUGCAGGAAUUAUGGGAAUGCCCUUUGAGCUCUCAGUGGAUGGAAUCGAAAUGCAUUUUGCAACAAAUGUGUUUGGGCAUUAUGUUGUCGUUGAACGUCUUCUCCCACUUCUUCUGAAAACUGAUCGACCUGAUUUCAAAUCACGCGUCAUUGUAGUUUCAAGUGGUCUUUAUCGAAAUGCAGAAGCAAUUCCACAAGUUUCGAAAUUAUUGGGUCAAAAGACGUAUGAUUACAGUCCAAAACAGGCGUAUGCUUUCAGUAAACUUGCCAAUUGCCUGUAUACCGGCGCACUUUCAAAAAUGCUUGAACCACACAACGUCGGUGUCUAUUGUGUUCGUCCGGGUUUUGUGAAUGGAACCGAGUUGGGCCGGGAAACUCAUUGGAUUCUUCGUGCUCUCGCUGCACCAAUUAUUUGGUUCAUUGCAAAAACGCUGGAACAGGGCUGCGAAACAAUUGUAUAUCUGGCAGAGACAUCGGGAAAUCAGCUGAAAAAUGGUUCGAUGUACUAUGAGAGGAAAGAAGAAGCAUAUAAUGAGAUGGUUGAAGUGACGUCGAUCCGCCAAGUUUGGGCAAUUCUUCGACACCUAGAAGACACAGUUUGGAAACGGAAUACUCAAAUGACUGAUGAACAGAGAAAUCAUGGAGAAAUGGUUAGAGAACUGCUCAAUGAAUCAUUAAUUGUUUAAAUAUUGCUGAAAAAUAUUUUCAUUUUUUCUUUGUUGUAUAUAUUAAAUUGUUCCGGUUUUUGACAACCACCCAUUCCCCGUUCACUUCAAGCCCAUAUUUCAUUUUCUUCACGUGACAUAAGUUGUAAUUAUUGAAUCCCGCACACAGAUAUGCAAUUCUGCGAAAAUUGAAUCCCUACGUGUCUUUUAGAUUGUUUGUUCUUUCAAUAUUAUAAUUGAAUUUGAGAAAAUGUAAACUGCUUUCAAAAC